GGGGCGGGGGGACGGUGAGUCGGGAUAAACACUCCGCGGCGGUGGCGGCUGCUGCUCUUCUCUGGGUUCUGUCAGUGUCGGCGGUGCCCAGCUCACCGGUCCCCUCCCCCUUCUGGCGAGCGUGGUCGCCAAGAGAGGCUCUCUCAACCCUGCUCUGCCGGGUCCUCAGUGGGGCGCGCGUGUCCGGCGGCGGCAAACCCGUGGGCAGUGGGGGUUGGUCCCGUGGCUCCGGCCCCCGGUGCAGAAUGGCGGCGGCGGUUCGGAUGAACAUCCAGAUGCUGCUGGAGGCGGCGGACUACCUGGAGCGGCGGGAGAGAGAAGCUGAACAUGGUUAUGCCUCCAUGUUACCAUACAAUAACAAGGACAGAGAUGCCUUAAAACGGAGGAGCAAAUCCAAGAAGAACAACAGCAGUAGCAGAUCAACUCACAAUGAAAUGGAGAAGAAUAGACGGGCCCACCUUCGCUUGUGCCUGGAAAAGUUGAAGGGGCUGGUGCCACUUGGUCCAGAAUCAAAUCGACACACCACGUUGAGUUUAUUAACAAAAGCCAAACUGCACAUAAAGAAACUUGAAGAUUGUGACAGGAGAGCCAUUCAUCAGAUAGACCAGCUUCAGCGAGAGCAGCGACACCUGAAGAGGCAGCUGGAGAAGCUGGGCAUCGAGAGGAUACGGAUGGACAGCACGGGCUCCACCGUCUCCUCCGAGCGCUCGGACUCCGACAGAGAAGAGAUCGACGUGGACGUUGAAAGCACAGACUAUCUCACGGGCGACCUGGACUGGAGCAGCAGCAGCGUGAGCGACUCGGACGAGCGGGGAAGCAUGCAGAGCCUGGGCAGCGACGAGGGCUACUCCAGCUCCAGCAUCCAGAGAAUAAAGCUCCAGGACAAUCACCAGACGUGUCUCGGUCUCUAAGAGCGAAGUCGCUUCGGCUGCCCCGACGGCUCCCCCGCAGCUCUGACUAGGUAGUGUAUGGGACCUGCCCACAGUCCCCUCGCCCGGCAGCGUCAGUGUACACCGUCACCAAAAUCAGCUGUGUAAAAGUUUUCAACCAAGUGCUUAGGAUUGUGGGGUUCCCUCCCCCGCCCCCUUUGUUCUUUUGUUUUAAUCCUGGAUCCUCAUCAUAAACGGGUUCCCUGCGCCUGCCAGCGUCGGGCAGGCACACGCUGAGCCAGUCAGGGUAGGGCGUGUGCAGCCCCGGACCUGGAAGGGCAGCACACACCUGUCACUGCCCAGUCUCCGGGGUGGACGCCACUUGUCCCUCUAAGAAGUGGGGGGACGCCGACCAGGAUUGUGGGUUUCUGAUUGCAUCCUCUAGCUUCUUUCUCUCCAUAAAAAUUCGUCUCUGAGAGAUUGUACAUUCCAAUCAGUUUGCAGCACCCAAGAAUUCUUAGACCGAAUAAGCAACUCUCCCGGAUUGGAAACGUCCCCCUCUUAGUUACUGUCCCCAGGGUGUCUACCAGAGCCUCCUUAAAGUUUGCUGGCUUUCUACCUUACUUGCCUAGCAGAAAUGUCCGAAUGUGUCUUGUGCUUAGGAAACUGAAGGAAACAAACUUUUCCAGUUGAGAGCCUGAUCUCAGAACUCCAAAGUAAGCUUUGAAAGUGGCAUUUAAAAGCACUUAACCGUGGACCUCACCCUCGGUGAGGAGUCAGUAAUACCUCCAGAAAACACACCUUCCCCACACACCCCGGCCCCACGAGCAGAUGGGAGCAGUAUUUCUCACUUCAAAAUGGACACCUUGAGCGCAUGUCUUUGGGGUGGCACAGCUUAGAAAAAAAGCUCCAACAUCAUUCGUUCUCACGAACCAAACGGUACAAUCUAUUUUUGCGCUCUGUCCUUGGGGCCCGUGCUGUGUCCCGUUCUCCAAAGGCGCACUUCCCCUCAAAAGUUGGUCACACUUCUUGUCUCUGGAACAUUUUUUUUUCCUACCUCAGAGAUAAACGAGAUCUCCACUUCCCACUUAACACCCACUGAUUAUGCCUCUUUUUGUUGUUGUUGUUGUUGUUGGUUUUUUUCCCCAAAUAAGUGACAUUUGGUCCAAUUCUAAUCUAUUUUCCUAUUUAACUUUCAGCAAUAACUGAGCUUGGGCGCUAGCUGAGCUAGUGUCCAUCAUCAGUGAAAGGAAAAGUCCACAUUUCUACUCUGUUGCAGGUGAACAGGAGGGGAUGGUACAGUGUUGCUAGAAUUCCUCUCCUUAUUUUUGGACAAACCCGGAACCUUCUUUACGGAGGCUUUUGGGUUGAUAGUUUAAAAGGCUGAUUUUUCUUUUUGGUUACAAUUUCUCCCUUAAGUGGUCUCCCACUUUGUAGCAUUUUUAUUUAAGCUAAAACAGAGCACAUGUAUAUGUACAUAAGACACAUUAAAUCUAUAAAUACUAUUUAUUCAUUUUAUAUAAACUAAUGUAAUGGAAAAUAAAUUCUUAUGACUUUGUGCUUUUAUAGAUGUUCUAGAAACUUUGUAUGUAGGUAUCUACAAAAUUGGUUCAUCCCCCUCAAUAUUUUUGCAUUCAUAUUUUUGAGGUCUCAGUGUUUUCAGCCUCUGGCGAAUCUUUUUCAUUGAAUUUGAACCAUUUGUAAAAUCUGUGAUGCUGAAACAGAGUGUGUGUCACAACGUGAUGAGAACAUUCCUAAAAUCCACAGACGCACCUGCAACCUAAGGGCUCCACGGCUGAACCAGAAGCAGGCAGCACCUGUGCCCCCGCUGGCCUGCGGUCUCUAGCCCGCCACAGCCUCACAUCUCAGCACCUCCUUCCCCACAACUAAAAGUCCAAACUCACUCCACAUGGAAGCUCAUUCUAGAGGUGAAGAGCAGUCUAAACAAAGCAAGAUUACUUUUGUGUUUGUCUUUCCUUUUGAUGAUUCUUUAAUGUAUUAAAAAAUUUUUAAUUGGAAGUAGUGGAUUCCUAAAUGAUUCCACAGUCAUCUGUAAUUCUUCCGUUUUUGUUUUGUUCUGUUUUCCUCUUCAUUUCAGCUUUGGGUAAGGGGAGGGGCAGGUGACACAAAGGAUUUUUUUUUUUUUUUUUUGGAAUCUUUUUCCAAUUACCAGCUGAAGAUUUGCACUGAAAUACAACUUGUAUGCCUUUUGCAUUUUUAAAGCCUGCUUCCUGAAUUUAAGCAGAGUGAUAGUGUUCAAAGAGCCAGCUCAGCCUGUACCAUGUUUGAAAAAGAUAUAUAUCUGCACUUUGAGGUCCCUUUUCGAAUGCCAUUCGCUAGACCUCGCAAGCAUUUUGUUUAAUUGCUACGUUCAAGCGCCUCACAAGUCCACGAUGCAGGAUGCUGUUUGGCAUCAAAAACUUAAGACUUUGGGAAAAGCUUGUGGGCUUGCAUUGGGGGAGGGAAGGGAACAAAACUCGUGUAUUUGUUUAAUUUAGAAAUAAGGCAUCUGAGAGAUGCCAUUAUUUUCUGUGUUUUAAUUGUCGUGCCUUUGAGUUAAACUGCAUUUUUGUCUUUUGGUUGAAAUAUGAAAUGUACUGUCCCAAUAUAAAACAGUAAUUAUUUGA